CAAAGUGGGCUCUGUGACGGGAACAGCGCCCCGGCUUUCGCCGCCGAGAGGGACCCGCCGCUGUCAGCGCAGCUCGGCGCAGCCCGCAGGGAGCCGUGCCCGGGUCCCCUCUACAUCCACCAUGUUGCCCUGUGGACCAGCUUUGUCCUUUAUUAGGUGUCUGGUGCGGAAGAAGAAUGUCAGUGGUGAAAGCCUUGAGGACACCAAGUUGUGCCGAUGCUUAUCGACUGUGGACCUUAUAGCCCUGGGAGUAGGAAGUACCCUUGGUGCUGGUGUUUAUGUCCUUGCUGGAGAAGUAGCCAAAUCUGAUUCUGGACCUAGCAUCAUUAUUUCUUUCCUCAUUGCUGCCCUUGCCUCUGUGAUGGCAGGUCUCUGCUAUGCUGAAUUUGGUGCUCGCGUCCCCAAGACUGGUUCUGCAUAUUUGUAUACUUACGUUACUGUUGGAGAACUGUGGGCUUUUAUCACUGGCUGGAAUCUCAUUUUGUCCUAUAUUAUAGGUACAUCAAGUGUAGCAAGAGCCUGGAGUGGCACCUUUGAUGAACUUCUUGGAAAACGGAUUGGUCAUUUCUUCGGUACCUACUUCAAAAUGAAUUACUCUGGGCUAGCAGAGUAUCCUGACUUCUUUGCUGUAUUCCUUAUAUUACUUUUAGCAGGUCUCUUAUCUUUUGGAGUAAAGGAAUCUGCAUGGGUGAAUAAAAUUUUCACUGCUAUUAACAUCUUGGUCCUACUCUUCGUUAUGAUUUCUGGUUUUGUGAAAGGAGAUGCUGACAACUGGAAAAUAAGUGAAGAAUAUCUCAGAAACCUUACUGCAGUAACAAAGAACAUCUCAUCCUAUGAAAAUGUGACAAGUAUAUAUGGGAGUGGUGGCUUUAUGCCAUAUGGUUUCACAGGAACAUUGGCUGGUGCUGCAACGUGUUUUUAUGCUUUUGUAGGAUUUGACUGCAUUGCAACAACUGGAGAAGAGGUCAAGAAUCCUCAGAAAGCCAUACCCAUAGGAAUUGUGGUGUCCCUGCUUGUCUGCUUCAUGGCCUAUUUUGGGGUUUCAGCUGCACUGACACUUAUGAUGCCAUACUAUCUGCUGGAUGAGAAAAGUCCUCUGCCAGUAGCAUUUGAAUAUGUUGCAUGGGGUCCUGCUAAAUACGUUGUAGCAGUGGGAUCCCUCUGUGCUUUGUCUACAAGUCUUCUUGGAUCCAUUUUCCCAAUACCACGUGUAAUCUAUGCUAUGGCGAAGGAUGGGUUGCUUUUCAAAUGUCUAGCUCAAAUCAAUUCCAAAACGAAGACCCCACUAGUUGCUACUCUAUCGUCUGGUGCAGUAGCAGCUAUAAUGGCAUUUCUGUUUGACCUAAAGGCUUUAGUGGACAUGAUGUCUAUUGGUACACUUCUUGCUUAUUCACUUGUGGCAACCUGUGUCCUCAUCCUUAGAUACCAACCCACUGUAACCUAUGAGGAACCAAAAUAUUCUCCAGAAAAAGCAGCUUUGGCUGCAGCUGAAAGGGGAUCUGCAGUAAGUGAAUCACAGAUAAAUAUGAUAGAAGAGAAUCGCUUCAGUCUUCAGGCCCUGAUUAAUCCAUCCAGUUUACCAACUGAGCAGACAGCAACUACUGUUAACUUUUUAGUGAGCCUCUUAGCUUGCUUGGUUUGUGGCUUGAGUGUCCUCACUACAUAUGGGAUUCAUUUCAUUGCUAACUUGGAGCCCUGGAGUAUUGGCCUUCUUGCUGUGUUAGCAGUGUCCUUCAUAGUUACCAUUCUCCUCAUCCAAAGACAGCCUCAAAACCAGCAGAAAAUGGCCUUUAUGGUUCCACUAUUGCCAUUUUUGCCAUCAUUCAGUAUACUGGUAAAUAUUUACUUGAUGGUGCAGUUAAGUGGAGAAACUUGGAUUAGAUUUAGCUUCUGGAUGGCACUCGGCUUCCUCAUUUACUUCGCUUAUGGCAUCAGACACAGUGUUGAAGGUCAUCGUAAUGAUGGAGAUGAUGAUUCUUGUUCAGAAAAUAGUGGUUUGAAAGAGAAGAAUCCUGUGGAAGAACUGGAUGAACCUGAAAAUGCAAAUGAAAGGGAUCAAUUUCUUCCACAUGAAAGGACAAGUGAAUGUUAAUCUCUGCCAACACACAAAUCUUUUAAACCUUUAAUUGACAUUUGCAGACUGAAAUUUCAAAAGCUUUCUGCCAACAUUGUGCUUCUAGAAAGUGUUUACUACAAGGCCUGACUGAUAUUUUGGACAAGCUGCUAAUCCAUCUUCAUCAUUUCAGAACUGACAGCAUGGAGAUUAAUAUUUAUAUAUAAAAAAAAAAGAAAAGUACCCUUUGGCAAGCAAAAAUUUGGAGGCAUUGUUUGAAGUGUCAUCCAAAAUCACUGGCAAUCAUCAAAUAUGAAGAAUUUUAGAACCGUCUGCCAGAAGUUCUGAAUAUUUGACAAUGUGUUGUGGACACAAGUGCCUUUCAUACCUUCUCCUUAUCUCUGUUACAUGUUUUGGUCACAAUCUAAAUUUUCUUCUUUCUACUGAAGUAACUCUCAUUGGAGAUAAAUUUCAUUCAAGCCUGGAAACUAUUUGCAAAAUGAAUGGUAAUUGUAUGGAUCAGAUACUUUGUAAAAAGUAGAGGACCAUAUAUUUAUGUAAAAAGAAAUAAUUGCUUACCUUUAUUAAUCAUGACUACUAAUCAGUAGUCCUAGAGAACUCAAGCAGUAAAGAUACUUCAAAGGUUUUUAGUCCCUCUAAUAAUAUUCAAGAUUUCUACUUAUGUGAAUGCCUUUUCUUUAAAAGAUGCUGUAUAGAAGUGUGUAUAGAAUAAUACUCUCAAGAGGAGCUAUGUUGUUUUCUGCAAAAGCAUCUGGGAACUAAUCUGUUGGUCACAGUAUUGACAGUGACAGUCAUAUGUGAUUUAGCAAGUACUGUGCUUUUGAUUUCAGAAGGGCCAGAAUUUUAUCCCUGACUACAUAAUUUGGUACUUACAUACACCAGUCAUCAAGUUUUUCUCCUUACUACUCAUUUAGUAAUACUUUCUUUUCCUUUAUCAUAUGCCAGAACUGAUAUUUCUGAUAUUGGUGUUACACGUGGCUUUUCCUCAGAAGACUUAAUGCACAAAAUCCCAGCUUUCUUUUCAGAUGGAAGGGGAGGUUUAAAAAAACAGAGGUAUGAGCUUUGGAAAAAAACCUUGUCAGAACAGUAUUUCUGCACUUCACUAAGCCUUAAACAUGUCAGCACUUUUUUGUGAGCAAAGCCUACCUACGUCCACAAAUCCAUUCAUGUGGGUAUGAUGUCUAAAUGCUAAUUUAUGUAAAGAACGAAAUUGUUGUGGCAGUGCUGGGUGAACAGUUAUUUUAAUGCUGAUAAAAAUAGAAACUGUUCCUCUUUCAAUACAAGUCAUGUCACCUCUCAAAGGCACCCAGACGUUUUAGCACUUUUUCUCAGCAAAUAGUAGGCUCAAGUCCCAUGAAGGAUUCUACAGUAUGAAGUCAUUUUGCAAGAAUGUAUUUACAAAAACAGUUUCCCUAGACUAAGAACUGUCUUGGACUUUGUCAUGGAGAGUUGCUGGUACUAAUCAUUAGUAUUAAUCUCUGUUAUUACAUGUAAAAACUUUAGAUGCCACGAGAGCUAUAUUGGUUGACAGUGAAAAGCACCUUAUAAUAGCUGGAAUUUCACAACCAACCAACGACAACAACCAACAACAAUACCCAAAAGUACAAAACAACCAAACCCCCCAAAAAAGAAA